AUGCUGAGCGCAGAUAUCACCCCGUCUUCCCACAGGGUAUCUAGAUCUAGGUCGAAAACAAGAACAUCCACUGCUGCCAACUCGCGGUCCGCUUCUUCGUCGCGUAGACCUUCUUUCAGUGGAUCCAGAAGAUCUUUGUCCAGCUCGCUGUUGAGCAGAUUGAACAUCAAUCCGUCAGUGGAAUUUUCAGGUGAAAAACCAAUCAACAGUAUCAAUGUUCACUUAGACAAUUCUUUGCCCCGAGACUUCUUCAAGCAGGAGCUUCUUGGCCUCAUCAAGGCUUUGAAGAUUUCAAAAUGGCACAAACGCCAAUUGACAGUCGACAAUUUGGAGGUCAACAGAAUCCUGGGUGCCUUGACUAACUCCAUCUACAAGAUUGAGUACAACGAUCCGCUGACGCUCGUUCAACCUCCACUGUUGCUUUUGCGUGUGUAUGGUAAAAACGUAGAUAAUCUUAUUGACAGAGAUCUGGAGUUAAACAUUUUGAUCAAGCUCUCUGCAAAAAGGAUCGGUCCAAAGUUGUUAGGUAUUUUCACCAAUGGCCGCUUUGAACAGUUUUUGGAGGGAUUUGUGACCAUGUCGAAGCUAGAGAUUAGAGACACGGUCAUUUCGCAGAUCUUGGGUCGUAGAAUGAAGGACUUGCACUACCAAGUGGAGUUAGACGAGAAUGAGCGUGGGUUGGAGUUUCCCGUGGCAUGGUUGCAGAUUUUGAAGUGGCUUCUGCUUUUUGAGAAAGACUAUCUCCCCUCGUUCUCGAAAGCUCAGAUCGAGGAGACUCUUUUGAUGCCCUUCGAGACCUUUAGAAACUUGGUGUUCACUUAUCGUGACUGGCUUUUCGGCAAGUAUGAUACCGAAAGACUCAGUGACAAUUACAAGUUCUGUCACAAUGACACCCAAUACGGAAAUUUGCUUUUGAAAGAUCUGUUCGAUCCCCUGUCCGUUAUUCAGACUGACGCCGGAUCAUCCACCAUCACUACUUCCAACAAGGGUGAUAGCAACUUGGCGGUCAUUGAUUUUGAGUACUCAGGCCCCAACUUCCCUGCUUAUGACAUCGCUGACCAUUUCUCAGAGUGGAUGUCUGAUUACCAUGACUUAGAUAAGCCCUACUUCAUUCACGACAACAAGUACCCAACGAACCAGGAGCAACUCAACUUACUUCGUUCAUAUGUGGAGUACAAGUUUGAGGUAUCUUCAUCCAAUUUCAAAACGGAGACGAAGGCUCCAGAGGAUCCUACUGCCUUGAUCGACUUCGAGGUCAAGAAAUUGUACAAUGAAAUCAUCUACUGGCGGUCAACGGUUCAAUUUUUCUGGUUGAUUUGGGGUCUCAUCCAACACGAACCUGAGCAGGAUCCUGCUGAUGCGCUCGGCUCCACCAGUGAGUCUAGGGGUGUCUCAAGCACGUACGAGUUUUCUACUGGAAUGAACAACUUGAAGAUUUCUAACGAAUCAGCCAUCGAAGAAGAUCUCAUCACCUCGACAGAUGAUGAUUUCGACUACUUGAAGUAUUCACAGCAAAAGGCUGCACUCAUUGUGGGUGAUAUGAUCUCCUUUGGCCUUCUCAGCAUUUCUGACGUUCCCGCCAACCACCACAACAAGAUCAAAUUUUUGGAUACGCAAGUGUUCAAGAUUUGA